CAGGACUAUCUUACUGAGUGUAAUCUCUUUGCUUAACGAGCCCAACACAUUCUCUCCUGCCAACGUGGAUGCGUCAGUCAUGUUCAGGAAAUGGAGGGACAGUAAAGGAAAGGACAAGGAGUACGCUGAAAUCAUAAGGAAACAGGUUUUGGCUACCAAAGCUGAGGCAGAGAAGGAUGGUGUGAAGGUCCCCACUACGCUGGCAGAAUACUGCAUCAAAACUAAAGUGCCUUCCAAUGACAACAGUUCAGAUUUGCUUUAUGAUGACUUGUAUGAUGACGAUAUUGAUGAUGAAGACGAGGAGGAAGAGGAUGCUGACUGUUACGAUGACGAUGAUUCUGGCAAUGAGGAGUCGUGACCUGCUCCCUCUAUGCCCCUGUACUGCCCCGCCGACUCAGGCCAGAAGGGAGCAGUGGUAACCUAGCAGCAGACCAGCAAAAAAAGGGGGGGGAUAUAAAAAAACCCUGCUGUCUCCUGUUGUAUGGAUCUGCUUGCUCCUUUUUUAUGGACCGCUUAGAGACCCUCCACAGAAUGUCUGAAUUCUUGCAUUCUUAACCCUUUCAUUACUGUAUUAUGAUUUCUUUUUAAAAAAGAAACUCUCUUUUUCACUUCUCUAUGAAAUGCUCACAGCGAAACAGGUUUGCUCAUGUUUAGAAUCUUGAAUUAAAUGCAGUCUUGCAUUGAGAUGUUUAAUGUA